AUGGUUGAAUGUGAAUAUUUGAAAUUAUUUAUUGCUAAUUGUAAAAAUGAUUAUAAACUUAAUUGUCGUCGAUUACUUUCAUUUUGUAAUAAAACAAUGGCUUCAUUUUUCUAUAUGUUAACAUAUCAAGUUGAACUUGAUGAUAGAAUUUUUUUCACGUCUGUUGAAUUAUUGAAUAAAUAUUUAAUUUGUUCAAUGAUAAAAGCAUGUAAUUCAAUUAGUAAAGAUUCAAGUAAUCUCAGAAAUCAAUAUGAAUUAAUUAAAGAAAAAUAUCUUCGAGAGAAAUAUAUUAUUGCUACUGCUUGUUUUCAACUUGCAACACAAAUUUGUGUAUGUCAUUUUUCUUUUCAUUAUUCAUUUCUUCUAUCUAUUCAAGUAGAUAUGUCAAUGGUGAGACCAAGAAAGACCAUAUUCUUUCAUCUCUUAUUUUAUUCCGAUAAAUAUUUCUUUUUUGUUUUAAUUUCAAAUCCUUCAGAAAAUUUCAUAGCCAUUAGAAUUUUGAAAAAAAAGUGGGUAUCUUAGACUUGUUUUCGAAUUCAAAUAGGUAGUAUGUUAUAUUAUCAAAUACAAUCUAAAAGAAGUGUUGAAGUAUAAGGAUGAAAAUUUGAACCUAUUAGUAUAGACUGUGACAGACAUUACUAUGGAAACAUCAAAGAUUAUAUAUGAAUAACGUCUAGUUAUAAUAUAUACUGGUGGAGAGAAGUUUAGAGCAGUUGUAUUUUUAAGUUUUCUUCUCGAUGGUAAUAAAUGGCAAGAAUCUGAAAAAAGAUUUGUAUAAUUGAAAAGAUUCCUGAUUAGGGUUGGUAAGCUCGAAGACUCUAACAAAAUUGCUUCGCAGAGAAUAUGUGCAAAAUCAAGACUUUCAAAAUCAACUUUCUGGUUUUCAUUCGAAGCUUUUAGAAACCAUAGAACAUGUCUUCAGUCACUUCAUGACCAUCCUUGAUUGGACUGCAUUCAAUUUACAGAAAGCUCAAGAAGUAUUUUUCUCUUCUUUUUAUUGAAAAUUGCAAUGUUUUUAUUAUGUUUGACGCUUUGAGACCUUCUGUAAAUUGAAUAUAUUUCGAUAAAGGAGGAUCGUCGAGAGGUUGGAGACAUGUUCUAUGGUUCCCAAAAGCUUCGAAUAGAAGCCAGAAAACUGCGUUUGGAAGUCGUGGUUUUUCGUAGGGCGUUUAUCCAAGCAGUUUUGUUAAAAUCUUCUAGUCUACUAAUUCUAAUCGAGUAUACAAAUGUUUCUUCAGAUUCUUGUUAGCUAUUAUCAUCAAGAAGAAAAUUUAAAAAUACAACUACUCUAAACUUUUAUCCUUCAUUAUCCUUAUUGCAUUCCUGCGGGAUUAAGUAAAAACGAUGGUGAAGAAAUUUGCUAUAAAAUAAAACGAAUAAAAUUAUCUCUUUGUGAUUAGUAAGAGC